AUGAUAAGAAAUAAUUCACCCAGAUUUAAUACAAAACUAAUAAAUAAUAAAUUUGUUAAAUUUUUUUUCAUAAGAUUCUACAAAGUAUUGGCUAUCGAAUCCUCUUGCGAUGAUGCUUGUGUUGCUCUACUAGAUCGUUUUGAUCCUUCAAAACCACCUUUAAUAGUAGACCAAAUUCGAUCUUCUUUAAAUUCAAUACCUGAUGGGGGUAUUGUUCCAACAAAGGCUCACAUUUAUCACCAUAUGAAUUUAGCUGGUGUCAUAUCAAAGAUGUCAUUAAAAUAUGACUUACCAUCAAAUCCUCCCGAUUUAAUAUGUGUAACUAGAGGUCCUGGCUUGCCUGGCUCUUUAUCAAUUGGUCUUGAAGUUGCAAAGGGUUUAUCUAUAGCCUGGAACAAACCCUUAAUUGGUGUUCAUCAUAUGUUGGGGCAUUUACUAAUACCUAGAUUGUCGACUAAUGCUCAGCUUCCAACCUACCCAUUUGUAAGUCUUUUAGUCAGUGGUGGCCAUACACUUUUAGUGCUAUCAAAGGACAUUUUAAAUCAUGAAAUAUUAGCUACUAGUCAAGAUAUAUCUGUUGGUGAUUCCUUAGAUAAAUGUGCCAGAGUUCUUGGGAUCACAGGCAUAAUGUUUGCUAAGGAAUUAGAAAAAUAUAUCAAUGAAAAACCUAUAGAACCAAAAUUAAUGGAUACCAAGAUAAUGACAUUUCCUCACCCUUUUUCAAAUAGUAAUGAUCGAGUUAACUUAGCUGCAUUAGCCUUUGGUUCAUUUGAAGCUACUUUGAGAAAACAACUACAUGAUUUAUACAAUAUUGAGGAUUUGGGUAUGAUUAAACAGACAUUAGAUGACGAUACUCGAAGGAAAAUAGCAUACGAAGUACAAUCAAGUAUUUUCAAUUAUCUUUUAGAUAGAAUUGAAGUUGUUUUACAAGUUAAUAAAGAUAAGAUCAAAGAUUGUAAUGAUUUUGUUGUUUCUGGAGGUGUUAGCGCCAAUUUAUUUUUAAGAAAUUUGGUUAAAGAAAGAUUAUCUACAGAAGAACCCAAGUCGAUUACAAUUAGUAAAUUUCAUUUUGCUGAUCCGGCUCUUUGUACUGAUAAUGCUGUUAUGAUAGGAUGGGCAGGUAUUGAAUUAUAUGAGAAUAGUUGUUUUAAACAAACCAAUUUGACAAUGGUGCCAAUUCAUAAAUGGCCAUUGAAUGAAAUUCAAGAAUUUUAUGGGCAGUAG